AUGGCUUCGUCCUCGAUUAACUUGAAAGUCGUCGGUCAAAGGCUUAUAAGAUGGGUCGUUAGGCACUACCCAGUCAUCAUAUCAACUCUAGUCAUCGUCGCUUCUUUUCUGCUCGGUCUAAAAUUUGGACCUCGACUUUUACAUCAUAAAACUUCCUCGCCGACGCCAACUUUGUCAACCCCAUCUCCUGGAAGCAUUCAAGGUCCAGCUCCUCGACCAGAGCAUCUUGUUCCAUACAUCUACCGAGCAAGUUGGUCAAACGCAGAGGCCGAUAUUACUCCCAUUGAAUUCGAUGUCCUUGAACCUCUCGAUGCCAAUGACGGCAAAGGAAGUGGUUGGACGGUUGUAUUCAUUCAUGGUCUUGGCUCUCCCGAUUCAUCUCACGGACACCAAUGGCGAGAAACACUCUUAUCUACUCUUCGACGACCACUCGACUCUCAAAGCAUCGGAAACUUGACGGGUCUUAGGUUCAUACUCCCUAAAGCUCCCAUCAUUCCAAUCACUGUCUAUUCAGAUCAACCAAAUGGAGGAGCGCGACCUGGAUGGUUCAACAUUAAUGACUGGAGGGACUUGAACUAUCUUGAAGAUGAGGAUGGAUUGAGACGAAGCUGUGUUCAGAUCUCUACCAUUAUUGCUGAGCAAGUCAUAGAAUCAAAGAUGCAGAUGAACAAGACUAUCAUCGCAGGCUUCAGCCAAGGUGCCGUUAUGACCCUCCUUACUAGCUUGACACUGCCAGAGCCCCCCGCUGCAACAUUGAUGCUGUCGGGCUAUCUACCUCUACCCUUUAGAUUACCAUUACUUCUUUCAACGGUUCCUGGGUUUUAUCAAUCGACUGCUUUCUACUGGAUUCAUGGAACCACAGAUGAAGUAUUAACUUACAACGCUGCGAAGUUGGGAUUCAACUUAUUACGAAGGAUCUCUCAAGAAGCUUUUGGUCGAGCCAAAUUCAAAACCCUCUCUGGAUUAGCACAUGGCUUUUCGGAGAAUGAACAGAUAGUAGUAACCAACUGGAUUGAAGGGAUUGUAGACCAAGAUACCAGGGGUGAAUUCGAUGAUUUAGUUGAUAAUCUGAUUCAAGCUGAGAAUGUAAUAGAUGAUCCCCAGUACCCAGUUGAACAUUUAAUAUCAACAUCUUUCACCAAGUCUCCCUUAGAUGAUUGA